AUGGCCAAGAAAAAAGGGAAAGCAAUAGGUAAUGGAAAAGCAGCUUUAAUACUGGCUGCUACUCAAGUUCCUCCUCAACCUCCUAGGUUGCCUGAGCGUGUCGAGGAAUGUCAUGAUGAUGAUGAUUACAUUCCUGAUGGGGACAUGAUUGAAGAGUUGGAUGCAAAUGAAGAAAUAAAUGAUGAAGAAAUGAAUGGUGCAGUGCAAAAUCAUGAGGAUACAAUGAAUGAGGAUCAGAUGAAUGAUGAACUUGGAAUUGAUCCAAGACAGAGCAAUGGCCCAGAACCAACCCUUAAAGCCCCUGUUGAUGCAAAUGGAAAAGUGAUUGUCAGGUGCAAAAGAGGAAUGUUUCUUGAUUAUGAGGUCAGUCACAAAGCUGUUGCUAUCAUGCGCCAAUUUUUUAAUGGUCCGUGAUUGUCAUGGAGGGAGGUCCCUACACAUGCUAAAGUUGGAAUGUGGAACAAAUUUGAGGAGAUACACACAAUUCUUCCAGGACAAUUGCAUCAUGUGCAUGAAGUUUGGAACAAGCAUUGUCAGCGACGAUUGACAACCUCAUUAGGGAAGGUCAGAAGCCAAAAGCUUCUGGAAGCAAAAGGAGAUUUAAACAAAGCCCGUGAUAAACCCCCUAAUUGGAUCUCUAGAGAAAAUUGGAAUAAGCUAAUUGAUAUUUGGAUCUCCCCAAAAUGGAAGAAGAAAUCAGAAGCCAACAAAAAUAAUAGAAACACCAUGAAGAACGGUAGCAUCUCUAAACACUGUGGAGGAUCAAUCACAUUUGUCAAUCAUGACGAACGAUUG